ACUUACAUGUUGUUCUUAUAUACUCCGUAACAACUUUUCAUUUUUUAUUUGUAAAACAGGGUGAUCGUAUCCAUGCAACCAUUUGUAAGGAACUCAUUACAAAGUUCAAGAUCAUCUUUUUUGUGGGAGUUCAAGGAUCAACUUAAAGAGGGCAAGUUGUAUAGUCUCAAAAAUUUUGUUGUUGCCCCUAACACAAUGACAUACAAAAUCACUACAAUUACAAACAGGUUUAAGACCAUGUUCAAUUUCAAGAAAACUUUGUUGGAUUGUCCUGAUGAAAGUUUCCCAAAAGCUAUGUACGCCUUUAGGCCAUUCUAUGAAAUCAGAAAUGUUGAAUUGUUGAUCAAAUUGAUGUUAUGGAACUUUUUGGUAAGAAUUAAAAUAUAAUAUUAUAUUGGUUAAUAUAAUAUUACUAGUAUAAUAUUAUAUUGGUUAAAGGGCUAUAAUAUUAUAUUGGUUAAUUUUCUUAUUGUUUAAUUUUUAUUUUUUAAUUUUUAGAUGUGAUCGGAAGCAUCGUUUCCAUUCGUCUACCACAGCGUCAAGAGUAUAAUGGAGAAAGCCAAAAGUUGAUAGAAAUUGUCUUGCAAGACCCAGACCAAAGAAGAGUGAAGUACGUGCACACUGUGGGGGAAUUUUGUGGAUGCAAUUCCGAUCUAGAGGUCUACAAAAAAUAUCCUAAUUUUAUGUCGGCCGCAGUUCUAUUCUGUAAACCGAAGAUUUAUAGAGGUUAUGAUUUAUACUUGUUACCUCAUAAUUUUCCAUAUACGUGCAUUGAAAUAACAAAAAUUUGCUACAUAUGUACAAAUUAUUGUCUCGUGCAUCGCACGGGUACAAUACUAGUCAUUUUAGAGAAAAAUUAAUUGUAUUAUCUGUCAACAUAUAAACGACAUUGUUGAAUUGGAC